CUGCAGCAGCCUGGGUGGUUGGGACAUCUGUCCCAGGGCUCAUCUCAUCCCUUCCAUGUGCUCCUCUCCACCACAGUUCACGGUGUGUCUGCGGUGCAAGGGGCAGACGAUUUACCAGCAGGUCUUGUCCCUGGAGAGACCCAGCAGCCUGCAGGGCUGGAACUGGGGCUACUGCGGCCACUACGCCUUUUACCAUGCCCUGUACCCCCGUGCGUGGCUGGUGUACGAGCUGCCGGGGCAGAAGGUGGUGCUCACUUGCCGGCAGGUCUCUCCUGUCAUCCCCCAUGACUAUAAGGACUCCAGCCUGCCAGUGGGAGUGUUCAUCUGGGAGGUGGAGAACGGCAGGGAUGAGGAUGUGGAAGUGUCCAUCAUGUUCAGCCUGCAGAACGGCACGGGAGCAAAGGAGGACAGGAGGGGCGGGCACUGGAAUGAGCCCUUCACCUUCCAGAAGGAUGGAGAGCGCGUUGCUGGAGUCCUGCUGCACCACUGCCCGGCCGUGAACCCCUUCACCCUGGCCAUCUCUGCCCGGGAGAAGGCUGGCACAGCAGUCACCCAUGUGACGGCAUUCAAUCCCACAGGAUUGGGUAGCGAGGUGUGGCAGGACCUCCUGCGGGAUGGCAGGCUGGAUUCACCCACUGGUGAGUGCCUGCAUCCUCUGUGGGAUGGGUGGAAGGGAACUGGGAAAUGGGUGGCCAUGCUGGUUCUGGGCACCACAGGCAGGGCAGAGUUCCUUUGUCCAGCCUCCUUGGCUGGUUAA